CCACUUAUAACAUUACCCCCUUAAGUCAUGAAGCCCUCGUAUUCCGCUUCCUACCGAGUGGCCUGAUACCGAAGCCCGUCCCGCUCGUUUCUCUGCCCUGAGAACCUCGAUCGGGGAAUAACGAGUUACAGCAACGUCCCGUGGAUGGUACAGUACAGUACCGUACUGGGCCAGCCAUGCUUCAGCGUUGGGGAACAAGACCGGUUCGACAAUGAUCUCCAAGUCCGCAUGACGCACACGAUUUUUAUGAAUAUUCAUUGGUCGCCUUCAACGGCAUUUGUCUUGCCUGCACUGGUAUAUCUUGUGCAAGGGGGAAAAAUGCAGCUCAGAUUUGCAUGCGCGUGUGCUCGCGGAGCCAAGAGUUGGGAGGAAAGGUUCAAGAUUCGAGUACCAUCGAUUGCAAUCUUUCACCUCGUCCGCACCGGGGUAUAAGCACUAUAUUCAAUGGGGAAAAAUUGUGAAAAAUUGCAGGAUUAUUUUUUUCCUGCAGUUUUUAAGCAACAUUUUCUGGAAGAGUUUUCUCACUUGAAAAGUUUACUCUUUUCUCUUAACUCCCGCCGAGGGUAACAAAUGUUAGUGGCUUGAGACUUUCCAUCAGGCACAUCAACUCUAAGAAGGAUCCACAAUAUCUAUCUCAAUAAUUGGACUAAGAAACGGAAAAGGAUUUUUACUAGAAGCUCUGGAAAUGUUUAGUUCAAUUUUUAACCUAUUUUCCGUGGCUAUCUUCACCAAUAUUCACUUGUUCUGGGAGUGCAAAGUCAAUGUCUUACGGUGGUGUGGGCAAGGUCAAGGAUUGCAGCCGAUGGUAUGCGAUGACAUGUUAAACACAUUCCCCCGCAAUCGAUGGUAUUUUGGACCCUUUCUCAAGAGUUAGACCCCGUCUGUCGUGCGCUCGCUCAGUAUUCGAAUCAUUUGCACGCCGCGCAAUGUGCACAACAACUUCGGGAUGUUUUGUUGGUACGGUAUGCAAUUAUUCCCUGCCCGAGUGCUCUGAGCUCAAUCAAUGUCUACAGUUGGUGCAGCGCACGAAUAUCUCCGAUUGAAUAG